UUUCUAAAUGUCAAUUCGACCCGGACCAUCGUCAUAAAAUCUGAUCUUUGCCGAUUUAAAAAUUUUCCAUGUGGUUUUUGGCGAGAUUUGCGUCACAUCCGUCAAGUCCAAAGUGGGAGCAAUUAGCGUAAUAUGGCAAUAUUUGUUAUCGAAUUAGUAAACGUAAUUUUUUGCACUUGUUCGGUAACGUCGUGACCAGUUUGUCGCUUAUGCAAUGGCAGCAAUUUAUCGAAACUUUCUAUGAUUUCAAGCAAUGUCACCGAAUCCCCAGAAUAAUUAAUUUCGUUUCGGCUCGAAUUAGAAAAAACAAGACAAUUGACGCCAUUUGAAUGUUUUUCAUCCGUAUGCGGCUAAUUUUGAAACAAAUUAGUGAAUUAGGCGGGCGGAAAUUGCCGCAAAUAAUCGAGGUCGCGCAAACCGUACAAUAUAUUUAAUUCCUUUUACAUUUAAAAAGUGAAGUCUUUUCGAUUUCUCGAAGGGAAGGAAAGGGGGACGAAAGUAUUCGAAAAACAUCUGCUUUUCGUUCGGUCACCACACGCCACACAUGCGUUAGGGCCGCCACCUGCCGGCCCCUCCCUUGCACCUCGCCUCCCCUGGGGGUUGCAUCACGUGAUAGCCGGACACGUGCAUCGUGUCGGUUUUAAGAUAUAUGUACCUUCUUGAAACGAUCCAAACCUAAACCAAGUAACGAAGGAAAUUCAACAUCCUUUACCCUGUAGACUAAGCAUCGACAUUUCUGUAUCUUUUUCCUGUGUGAUUAUCUCGGAUGAUAAAAAAUGAAUGUAUAAUUUUGGUAAAUGUCGUUUCCUGGAUAUCUGCAAUCAAGGCUAGUAUGGUUGUAUGUCGAAAAAAGAUACGUGCUAUUGUUGAAUUUUGACGGCCGACUUAUUUCCCAUGGUAUUGUCGCAUUAUUUCUAAUUUGAAGCCUCGGCACGAUUAAACUUAUGACUAAUCUAAUAAUGUCAAUGAAUUUCUACCAAUUGGUCAAAAUGAAUUCAGGUUUUAUAAGUUAUGUCACGUCCAUUGCUUAAAAUUUAAUAGUUUCUCUGAUGAUGAAACACAUGAUGCCCGAUUUACCAAAUGCGCCAGCUGCUCUUCUUCGACCUUAUUUUUUCCUUUAUGGUUCAUCUGACUACCUGUGAUUUAGGAACCAUUUACCAUCUUGAUUUCAGUUCGCCAGCUGCCUUCUUAGGGUGUACAGCACUCGAGAAACUGCUGCAGUUCAAUUCUGUUUAUUUUGUUUUGGUGCAUGUGUUUGCGAGAUGAUUAUUUGCAUAUCGGGCUUUUUGGUGGGAAACUUUCCACCGAAAAUGGAAAGGUCCCAGAUAGUGAAUUCGAUGGGUUCAUCCGACCAGUUUCAAGAACAGACUUACAUCCAGGCUCCCAGUUUUGUCCAAGCUCAAAACUACAGUACUCCAACCCCCAGUCCUAUCUAUUCCCGUGCCUCCCCUAACAACUCGACGUACGUGAAUGUAUCGCAGCCUCUUCAUAAGAAGGGUUCUUUACGGAACGGAGAUGUCUUGAAAAGGUCGAGGGUUCAGACAACAUACGAGCUGUCGCAAGACAUUCUCGACAAACAAAUCGAAGUGUUGGAACGGAAAUAUGGCGGUGUUAAAGCGCGAAAUGCAGCUCUCACGAUUCAACGGGCGUUCAGACGAUACACACUACUUAAAAAAUUCGCAGCAAUUACAGCAAUGGCCAAAGCCGAGAAACGUAUUAGUCGCCGAAUUCCUGCAAAUUCCGAAGACUGUCGUAGCACAAUAGGUGAGACUGAGCAGUGUCCCGAAUAUAUGAGGAAUUAUGAAGGACACGACUGCUCGAAUAUGAGAGUUCUUCCAGUUAGAUCGAUGUCUUUGCGCGAGAGACGUAAUAUUGACAAUAUGCCAAUACCUAGGAGUCAGUCGGGGACUCCUACAGUGUGUUGGGAGAAUUAUUCCUCAUCCUCCCUCCAACACUACUAUUCACCCGCUGACUCCAAAUCGGAUUCGCUAGGUACCCAAGUGACUGCAAGUCCCAGUUCUUGUAGUACUCCUACAACUUCCACAAACGGCUACGCUCGCAGCCGCCACAGUCUGAACAGUAGAAAAGUACCACCAGAAGUACCUAAACGAACCUCAAGUAUUACCUCUCGUUCGGUCGGAGACCCCCGACACCACAAAAGCAACGGCUUGACCAAAACAAACGAAAACGGCUCGUUGUCAAGUGUCCAAAGUUCCGGUAGUGACAGUAGUAUAUCGACUGAACGCGUGCAAUGUGAAUUUUCCGGAUCGCCAGUCUGGAAGCGCAAAGGAAAUCACAUUUCGGAAUACGCCGAACCGGCCUUAGAGACCAGUUUAGGGAACAUUUCCAACACUAGCACAUCCACCUACACACUAGAACGAGCCAAUGAACAACAAGCACCCGCCAGCUAUAAAAUAACCGAGACUAUAAGAAAACGACAAUACAGAGUAGGACUUAACUUAUUUAAUAAAAAACCAGAACGAGGCAUCUCCUAUCUAAUCCGAAGAGGGUUCUUGGAGAACUCGCCGCAAGGCGUCGCCAGAUUUCUCAUCUCGAGAAAAGGACUGAGUAAACAAAUGAUCGGAGAGUAUUUAGGGAAUUUACAAAAUCCGUUUUGUAUGGCUGUUUUGGAAUGCUUCGCUAAUGAGUUAGAUUUGUCGGGAAUGCAAGUCGAUGUUGCCCUUCGGAAGUUCCAGCAGCAUUUCCGAAUGCCUGGAGAAGCACAAAAGAUUGAAAGACUUAUGGAGGUGUUCUCGCAUAGAUAUUGCCAGUGCAAUGUCGAUAUCGUCGCCCGGUUAAGAUCGCCUGAUACGAUUUUUGUGCUCGCCUUUGCGAUAAUAAUGCUGAACACUGACCUCCACACCCCGAAUAUAAAACCCGAACGUCGGAUGAAGCUCGAAGACUUCAUAAAAAAUUUACGAGGUAUCGACGAUUGUGGUGAUAUUGACAGUGAUAUGUUGACUGGGGUUUACGAGCGUGUCAAAGCGAACGAAUUUAAGCCCGGUUCAGACCACGUGACUCAAGUAAUGAAAGUCCAAGCAACGAUCGUUGGUAAAAAACCAAAUAUGGCGUUACCACAUCGCCGACUAGUGUGUUAUUGUCGUUUAUACGAAAUCCCUGAUAUUUAUAAGAAAGAAAGACCUGGUGUACACCAGAGAGAAGUGUUCCUUUUUAACGAUUUGCUCGUUAUUACGAAAAUUCUAAGUAAGAAGAAGUCUUCAGUUACGUAUACAUUCAGGAAUAGUUUCCCUCUGUGCGGGAUGACUGUCACUCUCUUCGAAGCUGCCCAUUACCCUUAUGGUAUACGUUUGAGCCAACGUGUCGAUGGCAAAGUAUUGGUCACAUUUAACGCGCGAAAUGAGCAUGAUAGGUGCAAAUUCGCGGAGGAUUUGAAGGAGGCUGUAAGCGAGAUGGAUGAAAUGGAGAAUUUGAGGAUUGAGGCUGAGCUAGAGCGGCAGAAGUCGAACCGGGGGACCAGGACAGGUACCGAAAACCGGGACAGUGGCGUCGCUGACGUGGAAGUGUGUUCUUACCAGUGCCCCUGCUCCCAGAACCAGGCACUAGGAGGGUCGGAGUGUGCCGAAGAAGUCGGUCAUGACACUCAAAUCAAACGUUCGGCGCUCAGUAACUCGUUGCUGGAUAUCCACGAACAGUUUGCAGGAGAAAAGGCACAGCGCCGAGGUAGUGUGGGCUCGUUAGAUAGCGGCAUGUCUGUAUCAUUCCAGUCGACGUCGGCUAGUACUUGCUCCCGGUCUGACAAGCUGGCUAAUAAAGGUAAGCCAGGCCUCCAUAACCACCAGUCAUUCUUAGGCGGCCUGUUCAACAAGAAACAACAGAACAAUGUGGCGGUGAAGUCGACCGAAGUGUAAAUCAAUCCAAAUAUAUAAGUGUAAUCGGUUCUUUUUCAAAUUUAACUUGUGCAUGUAUGAAUAACCAAAUACAUUUUCACCAUUUAUAAGUGUUACCAAAUAUAUUAAUUAUGGCUGUCUAAUUUCGCCCCAGCGCGUAAUACUUAAUUUUUUGUUAUUAUUAUUUUUUAAUUUCCUUCUUGUUACUAGGAGAGGCAAACUUAAUGUAUUUUCUUUACCAUUAUAUUAUAUUCACUCGCUAUUUUGACAGCUAUUCAACAUUAAGGUUGCCUUAAACCGGCUCUCUGUCUUCAAUGGCAUUGAACAUAUUGAUAAUUGUCUUCUAAUGUUGCCUGUAAAGGAUUUGUAAAUAGUUAAAUUAUUAAAGAGAGCAACAUGUUCUAGUCGAUUGUAAAUAUGUUAGCAAUCUCUACUAAUGAUAUUAAAUAAUUUAAAUGUAUGUAAUAAGUGUUUUUUUAAUAACCAAUAAAUAGUCGGACCUUUA